AGCUGUUUUUCUUGAAAGAAAAAAUCGAGAGUUACUUGACAAUGAAGAUCUGAAGGACUUGUGGAUGUUACUUGAACAAAAUUUGUCUCCACCUUUUACCACACAGGAUCAUAUGACUAACUAUACUGACUUCAAGAUAGUUGCUAGUAAAAGUGAUGAGAAAUUCAGGCCAUAUUUUUCAGCAAGAAUUUUUGCAAAAUUACUACAAAAUGACCCUGAUGGUCGUAUAUCAAUUCGACAUUUCUUUAAUUAUGUCAUGAGAAAAGUAUGGCUUCAUCAAACCAGAAUUGGUUUAUCACUUUAUGAUGUUGCUGGUCAAGGCUAUUUGAGGGAAGUAGAUCUGGAAAACUACAUUUUAGAAUUAAUUCCUACUUUGCCACAGUUAGAUGGUCUAGAAACAUCAUUUCAUUCAUUUUAUGUGUGCACAGCUGUGAGAAAAUUCUUUUUCUUCCUGGAUCCAUUCAGGACAAAUAAAGUUAAAAUUCAAGAUAUUUUAGCAUGCAGCUUUUUAGAUGAUCUAUUAGAGCUUCGAGAUGAAACUUUGCCUAAGGAUGUACAAGAAGCCAAUUGGUUCUCAGCUCCCUCUGCAUUACGAGUAUAUGGUCAGUAUUUAAAUCUUGAUACUGAUCACAAUGGAAUGCUCAGCAAAGAAGAACUGUCGAGGUAUGGAACUGGAACUUUGACUCCAGUUUUUAUUCAAAGAGUGUUCCAAGAAUGUCUUACAUAUGAUAGAGAAAUGGAUUAUAAGACAUAUUUGGAUUUCGUACUUGCUUUGGAAAACAGAAAAGAACCUCAAGCUUUAAUGUAUUUUUUUAGACUUUUAGACAUUGAGCAGAAGAAUUAUUUAACAGUAUUUGACUUUAAUUAUUUCUUCAGGGCCAUUCAAGAACAAAUGAAAGAACAUGGACAAGAGCCAGUUUCAUUUGAAGAUGUUAAAGAUGAAAUUUUUGAUAUGAUAAAUCCUGCUGAUCCAUUGAAAGUAACUUUACAGGAUUUAAUACUGUGUGGGCAAGGUGACACUAUUGUAAGUAUCUUGAUAGACUUGAAUGGAUUUUGGACUUAUGAAAACAGAGAAGUUCUUGUAGCUGACACAAAUGAAGAAGCAGAAGUUUAAUAAUUAUGAAUUAUCAAUUCUCAAUUUUUUGUAUACAUAUUUUUUUGCAUUUUUGUAAAUAGUCAUCAUAGUAUUUUCCAUACAAAAUAAAAAAAUAAAUAAAAAAAUUAA